AUGUCAGACUAUGCACUUGUCCGAACUCGCUCAGCUUUAGCUCUUUCGAGUUGCGCUCCUAUAGGUUUAACUCGCACGUAUUCAGUGCCUGAUUUGUACAGGCCUUCAUUUUCAUCUUAUUACUACUAUCCCUACUACAGUUCGAGAUAUUGGACGGAUUCUUACUACAACUAUUCUUGGCCCUACACCUAUCGAAGCUAUUAUUCAUACCCUUAUAGUCGUUACUACUACCCUUAUGGCUAUUAUGGAUACUAUCCAUACAGCUACUAUAGCCGCUACAGAAGCUACUUAGAUUACAGUUUGCCCUACUACUCAAGAAGGUGGUACGAUCCUUACUAUGAUUCAUAUUUGGGCAGUUAUCGCUAUCGGAGCUGGCUUCUCGACAGUAUCUAUUAUUGA